AUGCUGGCAGGGCUUGUGGUCUUUGACAUCGUCCAUGUGCCCUCGCCUUUGCAUGCGGUGCCUUUGCGGGAGCAGCGCUUGGAGAGUGAGGAGAAUGUGCGAGGCAAGCACAUGGACUUUUUGGAGCUGCUGUGUUGGAUAGUCUUCGGCGUGAUCUUCUACAUGAAGGUCGUGAGGGACUACCCGAUGCUGCUCCGACACAAUGCAGCCUCCACGCAAAUCAUGUCGAUGCAUCCUGUGGCUAUAGCGACCGGGCGUGCGCGCUGGAAACCUAACUUUUGGCUUUCCUGCUGCUGCUUCCCGUCGCGGCAGGCGCUGAACUUCCAUGCUGCCGGCAUCGCGCACUAUUGGCUCGCCUUUGUCGGCUCUUUGAUGUGUCCUUGCUGCCUCACUUGGUACAGCCUCACCCAUCGUUCGUCGUCGCCAUCACUGCAGCGAAAACUGGGCGGGCGUGACUACGACUGCUGGAAAGGUGCCAUUUGCGCCUGCUUUUGCAGCUGCUGCAUUGUGACCUGGCACGCGGAAGCUCUCGAUGCUGCAACAGGCGUCCGAACCGGCUGCUGCGGUGCGGCUUUGGCACGAGAGGGGGAUGGUCAUGAGCCGCUCCUAGCGGCAGAGCCCCCUGCGGUGGAGACGCCCCAGUACAAAAGGGGUCUGAGUGAGAAGAGGGGAUCUCGCUACCCGCCACUGCCUCGCCCUGGCACACCGAUCAACUUACCGGUGCCGAAAGCACCACCGGCGCCCAAGGGCAGAGCGCGACCCAGUGUCGCGCCACAUCUGGAGGGCCACGCAAUCACCCCUCAUGGCUCUCCACACUCCUCGGAGUUCGUGGCUGCCCAGCCUGUACCUCACCCUGCUCCUCCCACGGAGGACAGCUCGAGGCGUCAGCAUCACCGACAGGAAGUACCCAUCGAUCCCUCCGAGUCACCACAGGCCACUGACAGGAGCUCGACCGAAGCGACGGAGGAGGGGGACCUGGCUGAUUCCGCGGAAGAGCACCCAUUCGACUCGCCGAUCUGCACUCCAGAUAGGGCCGCUGGAUCUUCUCCCCAAGCGUCGCCGCGUCUUGGCUCCAAGAGGGGGUCUUCAACCUCCAGGAGUGGAUCGAAACAGUCGACCGCCGGGAAGCAGUCCUUGGCGCGCGUCUCCUCGAAGCUCCGAAAAGGCUCCAAGGAAAAGAGUCUGGAGCCAGCGCUGCCCGGUGGCUGGACGACCACGACGGAGCGCAACAACUUUCUGCAGAAGGUGCGACGCGAUCUCGGCCACCGAGACAACGAGAGGCUCGAACGGCUCGAGGCGAUCAUGGAGGUGAGGCAGUUGGCACUCCAACGGCAGAAUUGCUGGCCUUUGUGGGAAGACGAGCAGGUCCGAAGGGCGCUGUUGGAUGCAAUUCAGGCACCCGACCCGGAGCGCGGCAAGAGCCUUUACGUCGACGAGGGGCCUCCGCCUAACCAUCCGACCAUCCGGACCGCCGCCUGCGGCGUGCUGGUUCAGCUGGCAUUGGACGAUGCUGUUCAGUACGAAAUGGCAAGCGACACCCUCGUACGUGAAAGCAUCGCACAGUAUGCUGCGGCAAUACCUCUGGAGGACGUUCGUAGCGCCCUGAGGACCGGCAACUACGGCCGGGCCGGGUUAAAGACGGCCGUAACCCAACAUCAGCAGACCCAGAAAGCUCAAUUCAUCGCCACGCAUGGGUGGUAG